GAUCCAGGUUGCGGGGCCCGGCAGCGCGGCUCGGGCCUAGCGGGAUGGAGCCGCAGGAGGCGGCCGGGGCUGCGGCGGGCGGCGGCGGCGGCGCGGGGCUGCUGGAGCUGGAGCUGCCGCGGCGCGGGGCGGGCGAGGCGGGCGCGGUGGCGGCCGAGCUGGAGGCGCGGCGCAGCGACGAGGCGCGGCGGCUGGUGCUGGCGCGGCGGCUGUCGGGCCCGCUGCCCGCGGGGCUGGCGCGCUGGUUCCCGGCGCUGGAGGUGCUGGACGUGAGCGGCACGGGGCUGGCGGCGCUGGGGGCCGAGCUGCUGGGGCUGUCGCGGCUCCGCACCCUGCUGGCCAAGAACAACCGGCUGGGCGGGCCCGGCGCGCUGCCCAAGGGGCUGGGGCAGGCCCCGCUCGCCCGCUCCCUGCGCGUCCUCAACCUCAGCGGCAACCGCUUCACCGAGCUGCCCGCCGCGCUGCUGGGGCUGCGGGGGCUGCAGAGCCUCAGCCUGGGCGGCAACCGGCUGCACAGCAUCCCCCCCGAGAUCCAGGCCCUCAGCAGUUUAGAGUUUUUGUACCUUGGAGGGAAUUUCAUUACUGCAAUCCCACCUGAGUUAGCAAACCUGCCUUCUCUAAGUUACCUAGUGCUGUCUGACAACAAGAUCCAGAGUAUUCCUCCUCAGCUGGCACAGUUGCAUUCCCUACGUUCCCUUAGCCUUCACAACAACCUGCUGACGUACCUCCCCCGGGAGAUCCUCAACCUGGUUCACCUGGAAGAGCUGAGUUUGCGAGGAAACCCACUGGUUGUUCGCUUUGUCCGUGAUCUGACUUAUAAUCCCCCAAGUCUCCUGGAACUAGCUGGACGCACCAUGAAAACCCGCAACAUUCCCUAUGCUCCCAGUGAUCUCCCAGGGAAUCUUGUCAGAUAUUUGAGCCUGGCCAGCAACUGCCCCAAUCCUAAGUGCGGAGGUGUCUACUUCGACAGCUGUGUCCGACAAAUCAAAUUUGUUGACUUCUGUGGGAAGUACCGCCUGCCGCUGAUGCACUAUCUGUGCUCCCCAGAAUGCUCUUCCCCCUGCAGCUCCGCCUCUCAGAGCUCCACUUCCCAAAGCGAGUCUGACUCAGAGGAUGAAGCCAUUGUUGCUGCACACAGGAUGCAGAAAGUUCUUCUUGGAUAAAAGGGAGUGGUGGACUAGAAGAGAAACAUGUCACUAAAGCAAUAGUGGAAAUGCAGAGCUGGAGGCUCUUUCCUGAGGGGCUCAUUAGAAACAGUCCUCAAGUCAUGUAAGCGGCAGCACAUCUGAGCAAAUCUAGAAUUGCUUGGUGUGAUGCUGCUUAGAAGAUUUAACUCAAUGCCUUGCCUACAUGGGGAUGUUGUGGGGCUACAGUUAUCACUAAACUACCAUGGAGAUCUGUGUAAAGGGGGUCAGGGAGAGCAGACCUGCCAUGUCUGGGAAGCCUGUCUAAAGGGGUUUUUGACAGCAUGACACUUCACUACUAUGAUUGGCUUUAGCACCAUAUGAAGCAAAGAAGACUGUUGUUCUGGGGUAUUACAUUAUGGUAAAUCAGCAAGAGUGUAACUGUGCUAUUCUGAGUGUAUGGACUCCAGUGCUGUAUUUAUCAGCAAAUCUUUCUCGUAUCAUGCUUCAACACUCUGCUCUCUCCCUUGAUUUUCGCUUACAUAUUUACAUACUCCCCCCCCCCCCCCCCCCCCAAAAUGAAAUUUCUUUUUGUUGGGGAUGGAUUUUUCGAAGAUCUGGCUACUGUCUUCCUCUGCUCCAGACUUAAGGUCUACAUCUAUUGUAGAUGUUAGUUUAUUACAGCCCCAGUAUUGAGCCGGUUUGGUGUUUAUCUCCCUUUUUAUACAAGGCUGCUGUUAGUCUCUCCUUCUGACUCAUCUUUAUCGCCUCUUUGCAACUGGUGCAUCGGUGUCACCAUGUUGAUUGGGAAUACAUGCAAAGCAUCUCACUGAGCCUUGCCACCUAUACAGAUCUACAGCCAUAUGCCCCUGUCUAAAGAACCAAAUCAUUGCCCUCCCCUGUCCUUUAAACUCAUCUGGCCCCAGUGGAGCAAAUGUGCUCCUAAACUUGUGUGAAUUCCAUAGUGCCUCUCACUUGGUCUUUCUGUUGUGUCCUCUUUAUUGAGGAUAGCUUCUUUUCACUUUUUACAGUAUAACUUCACAUAUUGGAGGCCACGCACUAAGGCUGUCAUUGCCUACAUUAGGCGUUAAGCAAAAUCUCUGUGUGAGAAGUUUAUUACAUGGUUUCGGCAACUUGUGCCUUGAAAAAACUUACUACUUUCCUUCAGCUGAAAUACAGAGUAAGGAACAUUGCAGAGCACUAUUCUUUCCCUCCAUCCCAGUAUGAAAAGAGAAGCUGGUAGGAGGAAGUGGAAGGCAAGUCACUUUGAGCGUGUUGUGUGGGAGACAAGUUGGUGUUGAAGGUGGUUGUAUAUUUUAUUAGUUUUGCAUUCACUCUUGCUCAUGCAAUCCUUUACGUUGUUCAGAUAAUGUAUUCAGUUACCUUAAACUGUAUUUAAAGGAAAACUGCAGAGAUUAGAUAUAAUUCUGUAGCCAAAUAUUUAAUUGAGAAAUACAUAUAUCUUUUAAAGAGUUAAUGAAAUUGAUAGGUAUUUCCAUCUCUUUGCCAAGGAGAGCUGAUGGUGAGUUUGAGUGCAGGUAGUUAAUGUGAACAGUGGGAUCACGUUUUUAAAAAAAAAAAAAUCUACUUGAUGUGAAGCAGUUUAUACAGUGGCCAAUUCUUUUAUGUGUAUCUCUGUUCAGUAAGAGGCUAGACUUUCAGAAGUCAGUAACGAAUAUCUUAAUGAGUUCUGCAGUGGCCAAAUGCAAUUUCUCAUGGACUUCUGUCCUGCUCACUGUCUGCUUUUCAAAUCUUUGAUUGAAUUGUAUGGGGAGGAAUUGGCUUGUUUUUGUUCCUUUCUCCUGUUGGCAGUAAUGAAUGGAAGGGAUUUAAUCCACUGAGUAAUGAAACUUAAUCCCCACAAUGCAUCUUUGUUACCCAGUUCAAAGAACUGUUUUUAAUGCAUUUUAUACACACCAGGGAGAUUUUUUUUUUUCUUCUGCUUGAAUAGUUCCAAGAUACUUCAAAUAGACUUCUUCAGGGUGCACUCUAAUACAGGAAUAACUCCAUCUUGGAAACCUCUUGAUUUCUUUGUUUUUCUGAUGAGAGCAUUGGUGAUCUUGUACUGAACACUAAAGGAUUAAGGGGUUUUAAUCCAGCCCUCUUGUGGAAUUUUAUCAUGAGCAUUGUGUUGAUUUACAAAGUCUUAAAGGUGCCUUACGGUUUUUAAAAGUAUAUUUUGCUAGAAAUGUAUGAAUAUAGAAUAUUUCUAACAUUAUUUCAUUAUGAGCUGUAAACUGAUUGUAACACUAAGCCAAAAAUGUUAUUUCUGAAAACUGUCUCUGUCCAUUAUUUGGUAAUAUCUCAACUCUAGUGUAGUGAGAAAGGGAGGGUUCCAUCACCAGAAUCAUAGAAAUUCGAGAUUUUCUCUUUCCCCAUAGGAUUAGAAAGUAGAACAGUCUCCUGGGGGAAGCAGUAACACUCUUGCCCCUUAGGUCAAUUAAAAUUAGACUGUAGGCAGGAUUGUGUGUAUUUCAUGAAAAUCAUUGUAGAAUUUUGCUGCAGAAUCUAGUGUUUUGUUUGUUUGUUUUUUUUAAUUCUUGACUUAAUGUUUCUACAGAUAAAUAUAAAAACACAACCUGAUUGUAAACUGAGUUGGUAGUGUUCCUGAGUCUGCCAGCAGCCUGAAACAAUAGUGCCAAGAGGUGUGAACUGCCUCAUUCAUCUCAAUGGGGCACUAAUGCUGAAACCAAAAGGUGACAAUUUAAAUAUCAGCAUAGCUUUCUGCUUCACCGUUCAUCAUUUUAGAAACGUUCAGUAAAUGUGCUUAUCCAACAAUCCCAAACUGCCUCCUAGGUGUCAGUAGCUUCAGCUACUUCCCUCUUGCUGGCUUUUGCGCUGCAGUUAGCAAUUGUCAGUACAAAAAUAUGUCCCAUAUUGGAAAAUGGGACGGUGUAAAACAUGGGCGUCUUUUCUGAGUAUAUUCAAUUUCAUGUUUAAUUAUAAACCUCAGUAUUUUAAAUUGAGCUGCUGCAGACUUUCUCAGGUGCUGCAGAUUUCACAAAACUUGUCCACUGCACGUAGGUCCAGAUUACUGUAGUUUAUGUGGGGCUUUGGGCUAAGUCUUCUGCUGUGGUAGAAGAAAGAAUAAAUCUAGCUUCAUGCUGUACCUGAUUACCAGGCAGCAGGCAUAUCUCCCUGACCCCAGCUGCUCGUCUUUCUGGGAGCAUGAGCUGUAGCCCUCUUAACUUUUAUCCUGGCUGUCACCACUAAUGCUUUGAGGGCUUUGUAUGUGAUCCUCAACUGAAAUGAGUUAGAUGACUGCCUGAAGCUGAUAAAUGUUGAGUGAACUGAAUGACAAUUUACCUGCCACUACAGAAUUGUCAAGACUACAUGGCAUUUCUCAUGUAGGUGAACUGGAAACACUUCCCAUACAGACAGGGGUUUCCCCCCACUGGGGAGGUGUAUACCCCCCUGAACUUCCCCAACACCCCCUAGUUAUCUGUUGCCAAAUUAGUCGACUGGAAAUUUGAAUUGAAAUUAAAACAUUAAUACACACUUUAAAAGUAUAUGCAGGGCCCUACCAAAUUCACAGUCCAUUUUGGUCUAUUUCAUGGUCACAGGAUUUUAAAAAUUUAAAUCUGAAAUUUCACAGUGUUGUAAUUGUAGGUCCUGACCCAAAAAGGAGUUGGUGGGGGUAGGGGCGCUCACAAGGCUAUUGUACUGGAGUUGUGGUAUUGCUACCCUUACUUCUGCGGUGCUGAUGGCGGCGGUGCUGCCUUGGAGCUGGGCUGCUGGAGAGCAGUGGCUGCUGACUGGGAGCCCAGCUCUGAAGGCAGAGCCACCGCCAGCAGCAGUGCAGAAGUAAGGGUGGUAUAGUAUGGUAUUGCUACCUUUACCUCCACACUGCUGCUGACCGGGGGGCUGGGUUAAGAUUUAGUUUGAUUGGAGGGAGACAGAUCCAGAGCAGAGAGAGAAAGAGGGCUGAGGGAUUCUGUAUUAGCAGAUCUUAAUGCAGGAUCUGACUUGGUGUUUUUUUUUAUUGUAAAGCAUUUUGGCUGCUUUUGUAGAUAAGUGUUAAUAAUCUGUCCUCUUCCUAGAGUUCUGAGGAGGUUAUAUGAGUAUUUUUAAAGAGUGCAGAUUAGGUUGCAGUGAGGUCUUAAUAAGUGCAGAAUCAGGCUCUAAACUGCUGUCAAGUCCACACAGUGAACAAACUGAAAAAAACACUUUGAUCUUUCUGUUGUAGUGAUCUUAUGGGUAAAGUACAGCAAUCCCUGGUUAAAAGAAAUAGAUCUGUGAUUUUAUUUUGAUUGGUGUGGCUUUAAGAAGCUGCUUUCAUGCUAUUUACUCACCCCAUGCUAUUUACUACUCUCUAUGGCUACACUACACAGCUUUUAGCGACAUGACUGUGUUGCCAUAGCCAUGCCAUUAAAAGUUGCGCAGUGUAGCUGCUGUUUGCCAAGUACCAAGAGGGGUAGCCGUGUUAGUCUGUAUCCACAAAAACAAUGCGGAGUCCGGUGGCACUUUAAAGACUAACAGCUUUAUUUGGGGAUAAACUUUCAUGGGUAAAAAACAAUGAAAGCUGAUGCCCAAAUAAAUCUGUUAGUCUUUAAAGUGCCGCCGGAUUCCUCACUGUUUUUGCUGUUUGUUGGCUCUCCUGCCAACAAAAUACUUCUACCCCCCAAAAUGAGCGGCAUUCAUGUUGUUGGCAGGAGAGUGCUUCUGCCGACAACGCGCUGUUCGCACUGGCACUUGUCUGAGACACAAAAGUUUUGUCCUUCAAUUGCCAGUGUAGACAUAGCCUUUAGACACUGAUCCUGCAAACAGUUAUGCAUGUGGAGGACUCCCAUGCAUAGGUGUUUGCAGGAUUGGGGCUUUAGUGAAUGAAUACUGGAGCAAAAGCAUGUGGAUAGGCCUAGCUCAUGACAUUUGCAUGGUUACAUUUCAAACAAAGUUUACAUAGGUGUUAAUGGCUUACGGUAAGAAAGAAAAGGAUUCUUUUAACAGCAUAAUUCUUUUGUACUAUUGUAGAUAUCUGAAAACUGUGAUCUUAAUGAUUUUUUUAAAAAUAUCCUGUGUUACUAAUUAAUACAUAGUAAAUUGUUAAAACUGGGAGAACUUUACCAUGGAUGUUGUUUAUUUGUUUGCCCUUUCAGUUAGAGUUGGAUUCCAGACAAGUAAUUUCCAUUAAGUUUUAGAAUUUGUUUGGGGAGAGGUAUUGGAAACCAUUAUGGCCAGAUCUUUGCUAUCUAGUAUCGUUCUGCUAAAAGAAUAGGAGUACUUGUGGCACCUUAGAGACUAACCAAUUUAUUUGAGCAUAAGCUUUCGUGAGCUACAGCUCACUUCAUCGUAUAGUUCUGGCUCUUCAAAAUACUCCUCAUGACUCAUAAGUAGCAGGCACUAGGUGUGGUGCUAGGUGUUUUGUAGAAUGAAGACCUUAUUUGCAAGCUCUUUGAAGCAGGGAUUUGUCUGCAAACUCCGAAGCCAUGUGCUAAUGUGCUCCAGGGCUUCUACUCUGAGUUUUUGAGUUGGUGACACACACAAUGUGAAACCAGAAAAACUUUGCCUAUUUCUAAAAGGCUCUGUUGCACUUGCACAGUGUGGGUCCUCCUAAACACUCAUUUAAAAUACCCACAACCAACCAUUUGAUGUUUUACUUCCCUUCAUAUUUUCAGUGUUGUCAUCUGUUUGUGGUUUUGUUUGCUGUCUGUAAAAAGAAAAGGCUUGUACUUGUGGCACCAGAUGCAUCCGAUGAAGUGAGCUGUAGCUCACGAAAGCUUAUGCUCAAAUAAAUUGGUUAGUCUCUAAGGGGCCACAAGUACUCCUUUUCUUUUUGUGAAUACAGACUAACACGGCUGUUACUCUGAAACUUUGCUGUCUGUGUCACUUUUACUUAUUUUUACUGUUCUAUGUGUGUCCAGUAUUAAUCAAAUUAAGAGUUGAUGUCUCAGAGAAAUUGUAUAAGCCUGAGUGAAUGCCUUUUACUCUCCUUUCCAGGAUCAGAAAAGAUUGUGAUAAUAUUUGUGAUGAGAGCAUGACUAUUGCUAGUUGACUCAUAGAUUUGUUUAGCAUCUUAAAGCUGAGCUAUGUGUGCAGAUAACAUGCAUGCAAGAGGGAUAGUUCUGGGAACUGCAAAAGUCCGCAGCAUGCUAGUGUUUGGCAGAUGUUUCAUUUUGUGAGAGCAGCUUUCCCGGAAGAGUUAGUGGCCUGUGGUAGGAGUAGGUUAUUAAAUUGGGCCUCCGAUGCAUAUUUUUUAUGCUUUUGCUUAAUGCCCAUGACUUUUGUUUUAUUUAUAUAGUUGUUUUCAGUAGGCCACAUUUUGGUGUGUUUACUAGCUUGAGUUGUAGAAAGGAUGAUAAAAUACAUGUACUCCAAGGGCAGUGUUAAUUUUCUUUUUAUUUGAUUUGAUAUUAAAUAAACAUCUUAAGCCAG